CAGGCUCUCAUUUCGUAAUAUAUUUCCAUUAUGAGUUAUAUAGCUGUAGCCUACAACCAAGCAAAUAAAACGGGGUAUGCCACUCUAAACUGAUUUGACAGAAAUGGUAGCAGAAGGUGAAUGGUUAACUUUUGUUGCACAGUAGACGAUGCUACGUCCCAUGUGGCGCAAAUGCUCACUCUCGGUGUGAUGGAGGCGUUAGGUUUUUAAUUGAAGUGAUUAGUGGAAUCAGAAUCAAGCCCCACCCCUCAACAAUCAGAAGUGACCUCAACACGUUCAUAUAAAAGUCGUCUGAGGCGAGGAUUUGUUGUGGUGUAACGUUACUUGAUACGAUCGGAGUUGCAAUACAGACCGAUAUCAGACGGGAAAAUGCUCAUGAAUUGGAAGAUCGUCGUUCCUUUGCUCGCGGUGGCAUUCAUCGUGACGAGCUCCGAUGGGAUACCGGGGGGCGUCGUGGACGCAGAUAUGAACGACCCCGCUACCAGAGACGCGCUGCAGUUCGCCGUGGCCGAAUACAACAAGGGAACAAACGACCCGUAUGUUUGGCAGGUGGCCAAGGUUGUCAAAGCUCAGAAACAGGUGGUAGCUGGGAUGAAGUACAUCUUCACAGUGCUGAUGGCCAGGACCUUGUGCAGGAAGGGAGGUGUGGAGAAGGACUGCGCUGUGGCCCCAGCUGUGACCUACCAGUGCAUCUUUGAGGUGUGGAGCCGCCCCUGGCUGGGAGCGCUCCAGUUGAUCAAGCAAGCCUGCGAGGAGUAAAGACUUCAAUUGUCUAGUCUACCCAGUUAAUAUUUAUUACCAGUGGUGUUAGUCUUACCUAAGCAGAUCUACCUCAUCUAUGAUGUAUUCAGAGAAUCCAACUCAUUUUCCUACUUAUUGCAUUCCCACACCAAUAUAGCACUUAAAAUAAGAACUGCUGUGUUGAUGAAUGUUUGUCAGCGCUAUGCAACAGUGUAACUAAAUAAAACAUG